CCCCAAUUCUUUUUCCUUCUCUCACACUGGUUCACCCUCCUACCCCUCCCUUCUCUCAUGAUCACGACGUCCUGACUGGUACACGAUGGCACCAGCAAAAACAGAUUUACUCACAUGGCGAAAGCAGGUAGGCCAAUUAGCAGAUCAAGAUACAUCUGCAACAAAGAAAGCAUGUUUAGGAUGCAGAAAGCAAAAAGUUCGUUGUUUGCGUGGCGAUGAUCCAUCCAUAGCUUGUUCAAGAUGUGCACGGCUAAAGCUAUCAUGCGACGUUGAACCACACAGAAAAGGAAAGCGGGCAAAGACGAUUGCAUCUGAAAAUAUUCCUCGUGCAGAACAUCAUUUUGCCAAAGAUCAUUCCACACCUUCACGAUCUGCUCAUCUUCCAACGUUCCCUCUCAAUCGGAUGGCAGACCAGCCUGGACAGCACCCAAUAAGCCAUUAUGCCCAUUCAAGGGAAGGUCCACCAAUUCAUCCCAUACAUUACCGAGAUGAGGUGCAAAUGUAUCCCAACCAUACACGAAAGGCGAUCCCGGUUCAACCCAGCUCAGUUCGUAGCGACAUCUCAAGCCAGGCCAGUCAAGCACGAAAUGGAGACGAAUUGCCGAAUUACUCCACAAAAUCCCUCUUUAAAGUUGGAGAAGGAAGUCAAAAUCCACUCAGCGUUGGACGAUUGACGUUGGCCUCUCAACUGGAACAAACAAACAGUCCUUCUAUAAACAACGAGAAUGAUCGUACAGCUGAUACGGAAAUGCGAUCGGACGUGAUCGAGGAAGGAUUGUUCACAGUAGCAGAAGCGCAAUAUCUGGUCGAUUUCUACUUUGAGCGGAUGAAUGGAGUGAUUGCACUUUUGACUCCAUCAAUCAACACCUUUGCCCACCUACGCGCAAAACCAUCGGCCAGCUUUCUCUUGACGUGCAUUUGUGCUGUCGCAUCUCGAUUCGUUUGGCCUCAAAGGUCAGCAGCUGUGUAUGAUUUUGCAGACUCAUUCGUGAUGCACAUCUAUCGAGGUGCUCAACCGGGAAAGGUGGAACACUGUCAAGCAUUGAGCAUCCUGUCAAUGUGGAGAUCUCCCGUGGAUCCUACUGGUUGGAGGAAGCUAUAUGCUGCCAUCACGAUGGCAUACGAGCUUAGUAUGCCAACGAUUGCUCGCAAGCUGAUUGAUUCGAGCAAGGCAGAUGCCGUAGAAGCAGCACAGCUGCAAAGGACAAUGUUUCAAAUCACAUGUACGGAAGAACACUUUUGCAUGCAAAGAAGACAAAAGCCAAUGUUAAAUGUAGAAGAAUUACCUGAACCACGAGAAUGGAUCGCAUCGUUGGGGGAACAUUGUUUGGAUAUUGAUAUUCGUAUUGCGGCGGCUAUUGAUCAACUCAAGAUCUAUCGAAGAUUACGUGAUGAUCUUGCAAGUUUGCGAGAGGAGAAUCCUUCAGCAUGGCCUAAAGCGGUUCAAGAACUUCGAUUCUUGAAUCAGGCACGAUCAGAUCAGAUGCAUACAGGCACAUUUUGGCUCAAUGCUCGUGAGUACGGCAUGCCAGCAGACUUUGCAUCUUCUGCUUGUGGCCAUUAUAAUAGCAUCAAUCAUGAUUUCAACUAUUUACAAGCGAUCAUGGCAGUCUAUUCGCGGAAAGGACUUCCAAAAGGAGGAGCAUUUGAAAGUGAUCGUUGUGCUGCAUUUACAGAAGCGACGGAUCGUGCUAUUACAUUGAUUGAGCUUAUUGACAAAGUCAUGCGAGCGAAUGAACAUUACAGAUUCGUACACGAUGGAGUGAUGUGUUCGAUGGCAGCAGCAGCAAUUUGGCUGGUGGAUAAUGUUCGACAAAUGACAUCAGCGGAUGUAUCAAGAGCAGCCACCGCAUUGACGAAAUCUGUUGAAGUUACUCUACCAAGCGAAACAAGAUGGCAAGAACAAUCUGCUUAUCUUCAUACCCUUCUCACUUAUUGCAGAACCAAACUUGUGGAACAAGAAGCAGCAAUGGCAGACGCAGCUUCAACGCAUUCAUCUCAUGUUGGUCUUUUGGACGAUUUGAGUUGGAUGAUCGAUCUUUUCCCAGGUCAAGAGAACAUUCAUGCUUGGGCAGAUGCGGCUUUCAAUACUUUACCGAUCGUUUAAGUUGUUUUAUUAUCGUUAUGGGUACGGCUUUGUUCUGUAUUGUAUUUUUAUUGACAUGGUAUUUUUUCCAAUGAGAAGUGAUGUACAUUAUAUUGUUUUGGUG